ACUGUCAUUACUUUUCUGAUACCCUCUCUCUCCUGUUUCUGUUUCUUUCUCUCUGGUUUCUCUCUCUGUGUGUCUUGACUCUUGACUGUACAAGGCAAGACUUAAGAAUGUCUUUUUCUGAAGAACCCUCUAUUUCUUCUUCUUCUUAUUCCAAUCAUCAAUGUAGUAACAGUAGUGGUGUUAAUCUCGGCGAAAAUGAACCCAGAAAGAUUGAAAUCGACCAAAGUCUAUUAAUUGAUUAUACGCAUAUCUCCAUUCUCUCUAAGAUAGCCGAAGGGUCUCACUCCACUGUCUACCAUGGCCGGUACAAAGACAUGGAUGUUGCUGUUAAGAUGAUACAAAAAGAUGUUAAAGCUAGUUCGGAACGCAGGGAUAGGUUUGUGAGGGAGGUUACGAUGUUAUCGCGUGUAGAACACGAUAAUCUAGUUAAGUUCAUUGGCGCAGCAGUAGAACCAGAACUGAUAAUAGUCACUGAGAUUAUGAGAGGAGGUUCACUACAAAGUUAUUUGCGUAAUAUGCGCCCUCGUCGUCCUGAACUUAGGCAAUCUAUAAGCUUUGCUUUAGAUAUCUCUCGGGGAAUGGAAUGCUUACAUUCAAAUGGCAUCAUCCAUCGUGAUCUCAAACCUGCAAACUUAUUACUCACAGAAGACUGUACGAAGCUUAAACUGGCUGACUUUGGGAUGGCCCGGGAAAAGACGGCUGGAGAAAUGAUGACUUGUGAAGCCGGUACUUACAAAUGGAUGGCUCCUGAGUUAUAUAGCAUAGAGCCGCUUGAACGCGGGAAAAAGAAACACUAUGAUCAGAAGGUCGACGUCUAUAGCUUCUCCAUAGUGUUCUGGCAGUUGCUCACAAAUUGUACACCGUACAAGGGAAUGUCCAGCAUGCAGGCAGCAUUCGCGGUAGCUAGUAAGAACUUGAGGCCAAAUGUGGAGAAGCUCCCAAAGGAAUUUGUCUCUCUCAUCGAGUCUUGCUGGGAUGUAGACCCAAAAACCCGACCAGAGUUCACAGAGAUUAGCAUCAUUCUGUCACACUACCUAAAUUCCAUCACCUCUGCACUACAUUUGGUGCCUCCAGAACAAGCACUUGAACAUAAAAGUCAAGAUAAAACAAAGAAGCAGCAGGUGCAACAACUACAACGAGUCUCCAGUCCGGUAGAACCUGAUUCCCCUGAUUCCCGUCAACUGAUUAAGGAACAGAUGGGUGGAAAGGUUAUCUUCACGAAGCUGUUAUCCAUCAGGAAGAAGCACUCAUCCGCCGGCUCUGACAGUUGCUUCGGUAAAUGUUCCUUGGGUUGAUAGUCCUAUUGCCUCCAGAGCAAUGGAUCAAAAGUUUUGAAAUCCGAUAUAUCUGUGAACUGUUGUUCUGUAGAUUUUUAUGUUUUUACUGGUUGGAGAGACGAAUUUAUAGGUUGUAUACAGGCAGUGGUUGUUCUUCCACUUGCCUUACUAUAUCAUAAAGAUGCUGUACAUAGAGGAGCUUCUAAACAAUGAAAAUGUCCAUAAAGACAUAGGAGAAAUAAAGAAACAAAUACUCAAAAA